GCCCCUUUCGUUACAUUUAGCUGAAAAGUUUUUUGUGUUUUUUUUCCUAAACAAGAGCAUAUUGAAAUGUACUUCAUAAAAGGGGUUUACUGUAUGUUGGCCAACAAUUGAAAGCAUAAAAAGUUAUGAACAUUUAAUCAAUACUACUAAGCCCUAGUUUAAUCUUAAUAGGAAACAUCCAUUAAAGGGUAAUUUUACAGGAUUGGUUGUACAUAGGUUGGUAAUCACAUCUUCCAAUAAUUAAAGGUUAAAUGUGGGCAUUUUAUUCAAAGACCAAGAGUGAUUUGAUCAAAAUGCUUUACAGAUUUGUGGACAAUAGAAAGAGGAUGAGCACAAAAAUAUUGAUUUCAGUUUUCUUUUGUACCCUAGUCGCGAGUAUCAUUUUCCAAGGAGCACCAAAUAGAGAUAGUACUAAAUAUAAACAAAAUACUUAUUCAAGAUUAGAGGAACCAAACAUUAAUGGGAUAGAAUGGUAUAAAUAUCAGCGAAGAGUCCUCGCGGAGAAUAACGCUGACGAUUUAUCAUUGCCACUUGGGAAGAGACACAUAUUACAAUCAACAAGGAUACUGAGAUAUAUCGGAAAGUUACUAAUGUACAAGAUAAAGAAGAACCAGUAUUUGGGGAGCUGUCGAAACUUCUCCGAGCUACACUGCUCAAUUGAAGUUGACAAUAUAAUUGAGUUUCUGUACUAUUCGUCUUUGUGCCUAUCUGUAGCAGAAAAUAUGAAAAUGAGGUUAUGGAUUAAAUCACCAUGGUUGAUCGCCAAUGCUGAGUGGACUCACUAUCUUAAACCAAUCAGAUUACAAAGCUGUGGUCAUGUGAUGAAUACACAACCAAUCACGAUUGAAGAAGCUUUUAAGCUGAAAUUCAACCUUCCUCUAGAUUGUCGAGAAUUGAGAAAACUCGGGGAUGUUCAUGCAAAUAUACCGUCAUGGAUUCUUUCUAAACUUUAUUUUAUACACAGCAAUCCAAAAGCGUUGAUCAGAGGAUACUAUUUCUCGUACAUUUUUCAACUGAAUCAAAACCUCAGAGUCAAGAUUAACCAGUUGAAAAGGGAAUUUUGCAUAGGAGUGAAACCAUCGAUUGGUAUAAGUGUACAUUUAUAUCAUAACAACAUUCAGUACUUUCAGACUGCGCUGAAUCAUGCAUCUACUUACUGCCACAGAAUGCAUGCAGUAUCGUGCAACAUCUAUAUCUCAUUGAACUUCUCCAAAAAAACAGAACAGCACAGAUUUUUAAUAACGAAACACAAGGAGUUAACGUUAUUAAGUGAUCAUUCAAAAAUAAUUUGGCAUUUCGAUGAAAACAAAAAAGAAAUUAUUGAUAUUGAGAUACUUGCCAGUGUCGAUUAUUUUAUUGGAAGUGUGGCCAGUAGAAGAGAUAGGAAUAUAUAUGAGUUGCGACAGACUGCAAAAUUUGAUGCAUCAUAUGCUACUAUAUUUGUAGAUGGGAGUUAUAAUGAUUUCACCGAGUGCUAAUGAAGGGCUGACAAUUGUAUCUCCAGGGAGCCUUUACAAUGUCCUAUGUCUUAUAAUAUGAAUUCAGUGUAUAUAAUAUGAAAAAUGAGGCAUUAACAUGCAAAAUGUCUCCACCUGCCAUUUGUUACAGACACCGACCACCAACCACCGAAUUCUGAACACCAGCCACCAAACACCAUCCACAAAAAAGAUUAAGACUAUAACAAUAUGUCAACACUUGUGGUGGUGGACAUAAAAACAUAAACUAAAAGAUAUGAUUUAUAAAUUAUAUAAAAUCAGCACAUGUUUAUAUGUUUAAAGUAAUUUUUCAACCUACACAGGAAUGAAUAGGUAUGUGUGUCUUUAAAGUACUUUCAAAUCUCCAUUCAUACAUCAAGACAAACACUGAUAUAUAGGAUGGAGUAAAGUAAAAGCAUUUAUUUCAGGUAUAUCAAAAUAUAAUAAAUUUAAUAUUCAUAUAAUUUAAUAUGUACCCAUUAUAACUUAUUUCACAUGUCGGUAUUAAUAAAUAAAUAUCUUUAAUUAUAAUGCAAGAUUCAUUAGCAUAAUAUUCAAUUCUCUACUAAUGAGA